CCUUCCCCCCUCAUCUGCAAAACAACCAGCAGCAGCAGCAGCAAAAGCAAGACUCCUGCGCCGCCGACUACAAGAGGGUUAAAAGUGUAGAUUGGAUUUCACCCCGGGAAAUCUAGCACACGGAGUGAACUUGAAUCUUUGGCUAUUUAAGGAGGACUGGGGUUUGUUGUGAAGUUGUGGUGAUCCAGUGCAGAGCCCCGUCCUGAUUGAUUUCAUCUUCCUUGAGUCUCAGAUGACUGUAAAAUGGAUAGAUGAAAUUAUUCGUUUUUGAGGCUUUUCUUAGGGGCUCUCCGGGCAGCGUGUUCUCAAAGCGAAGUCAUGAUGUAUUCUCCAAUCUGUCUCACUCAGGAUGAAUUUCACCCGUUCAUUGAGGCACUUCUUCCACAUGUCCGUGCAAUUGCCUAUACUUGGUUCAACCUUCAGGCUCGAAAACGCAAGUACUUUAAAAAACAUGAGAAACGAAUGUCAAAGGAUGAGGAAAGAGCAGUCAAGGAUGAGCUACUUAGCGAAAAGCCUGAAAUUAAACAAAAGUGGGCAUCCAGGCUCCUGGCCAAGCUGCGCAAAGAUAUUCGCCAAGAGUUCCGGGAGGAUUUUGUGCUCACAGUGACUGGGAAGAAGCACCCAUGCUGUGUAUUGUCCAAUCCUGACCAGAAGGGUAAGAUUAGGAGAAUCGACUGCCUGCGACAGGCUGACAAAGUCUGGCGUCUGGAUCUAGUCAUGGUGAUCCUGUUCAAAGGCAUCCCCUUGGAAAGCACGGAUGGAGAGAGGCUCAUGAAAUCCCCACAUUGCACAAAUCCAGCACUUUGCGUCCAGCCACAUCACAUAACAGUAUCAGUCAAGGAGCUUGAUUUGUUUUUGGCAUACUACGUGCAGGAGCAAGAUUCUGGACAACCAGGAAGUCCAAGCCACAACGAUCCUGCCAAGAAUCCACCAGUGUACCUUGAGGACAGUUUUGUAAAAUCUGGAGUGUUCAAUGUGUCAGAACUUGUGAGGGUGUCCAGAACACCCAUAACCCAGGGAACUGGAGUGAACUUCCCAAUUGGAGAGCUUCCGAGCCAGCCAUAUUAUCAUGAUAUGAAUUCGGGUGUAAACUUACAGAGGUCCUUGUCUUCUCCACCAAGCAGCAAAAGACCCAAAACUAUCUCCAUAGAUGAAAAUAUGGAGCCAAGCCCAACAGGAGACUUUUAUCCUUCUCCAAAUUCACCAGCUGCGGGGAGUCGGACAUGGCAUGAAAGAGAUCAAGAUAUGUCUUCUCCUACAAUGAAGAAACCUGAAAAGCCUUUGUUUAGUCCUACUUCUCCCCAGGAUUCUUCACCAAGACUGAGCACUUUUCCCCAGCAUCACCACCCAGGAAUCCCAGGAGUUGCACACAGUGUCAUCUCAACUAGAACUCCACCUCCACCUUCACCAUUGCCAUUUCCAGCACAAGCUAUUCUCCCUCCUGCCCCGUCUAGCUACUUCUCUCAUCCAACGAUCAGAUAUCCUCCCCACCUGAAUCCUCAGGAUACUCUGAAGAAUUAUGUACCUUCUUACGACCCGUCCAGCCCGCAGACUAGCCAGCCUAACAGCAGUGGUCAAGUAGUAGGGAAAGUGCCUGGCCAUUUUACUCCAGUUUUGGCACCCUCUCCCCAUCACAGUGCGGUGCGACCUGUGACCCUGACCAUGACAGAUACUAAACCCAUCACUACAUCCACUGAAGGUGAGGCAUCUUCACCUACAGCAAUCACCUACACAGCCUCAGGCACAUCCCAAGCCAAUCGAUAUGUGGGACUAAGCCCAAGAGAUUCAUCCUUCCUACACCAGCAACAGCUGAGAAUUUGUGACUGGACCAUGAAUCAAAACGGCAGGCAUUUAUACCCCAGUGCCAGUGAGGAUACAUUGGGAAUUACUUGGCAAAGUCCUGGUACCUGGGCUAGCUUGGUUCCUUUUCAAGUAUCAAAUAGGACACCGAUUCUGCCAACAAAUGUCCCAAAUUAUGGUUUGAACAUAAUUGGAGAGCCUUUCCUUCAAGCAGAAACAAGCAAUUGAGGGGAAAAAAGAAAAGAAAAAUAAAAGAAAAAUUAAAAAAAGAAAAAAAAGAAAGGAAGACAGGAUGAGAAAAGAAACUGAAGAAAGAAGAAAAAGUAGACCAGCAAUUGCAGCUCUUACAAUCAUUAAUUCCCUUAUGAUUGAAACUGAAAUGACAUACAAAGGGUCGAUGAUAUUUCACUGAUGAGUAGAGUGCAGCCCCUGCUAAGUAGCCUUUGUUAUAUGAAGUCCGCUGGGAAAUAGAUGUUCUGUCUCUGACAAUAUAUUUUAACUGACUUUCUAGAUGCCUUAAUAUUUGCAUGAUAAGCUAGUUUUAUUGGUUUAGUAUUCUUGUUGUUUACGCAUGGGAUCACUAUUCCUGGUUAUCUCACAAAACAAAGGCUAUACAGCAGUAACAGAGCUGCACGAGGACAAGGGCUGUGAGCCAGCCAUUUUCUCAAAACUCUGAUUUCUAAAAAUAAGCUCUGUAGCCUUUAGUUAUCAGUAUGAAUUUAUUAAACUUUGGCCCUUAAUUCAGCCUUUUCUAGUGUAUUAUGCAGUUUGAAGUUUUCAAUCUGUAUGGACACACAGGCUCUAUGGAAGAAAUGCCUCUACAUAGGUAAAAGUGUUAUCUACUCAUGCAACAGUAAAAAAGAAAAGGAAAAAGGUGAAAGUUUUCCCCACUAAAGAAACACUUACAGAGGCAAGUGCAAUUUAAAAAUCAUAUCUAAGGAGUCAUCACUAUAAGUCCUUCAGCCCUUGGACUCUAAAUUGAGGGGAUUAAAAAUAGAAAUAAAAUUACUUUGAACAAAGUUAUUUUUCCCCUCGGUUUUUGAGGGCAUUAAAAGGCAUUAAAUCAAGACAAAUCAUGUCCUUGAGAAAAAGAAAUCAAUGGAAACACAGCACUUAUGUUGGUUUAGCUGCUGCCUCUACAGAGGGGUAGGAUUUAUUUAUUUAAAGUUACUGGUUGCAUCAAGAACCCAUAGGGUUUACAUGUUUCUGUAUAAUCUGCAUCAUAGAGACAAAGAGAUAGGCAAAUCCAUGUCACAAGGGCAAAGCUUACCGUUUACAAACUGGUAAUACCAGGAUGGGGAUAUGUUAUAUUUAAAUAAUGCACUCUUAAUGUAAGUUAGUUUCAGGGUGCUGAAAACUUGCAUGGUGCUUUCAGAAGUUAGCCUUGUUCAACAAUUUUCACAUAUUGACAGAAAUAUAAUGUGCAUGGGCGGACAUUUUGCCUCUAUGUCUCUUUAAAAAACUAAUUAAAAUACUCUUUCCAGUAAUCCUAAUUUGCACGAUGAUAUAAUGUCCACAUUACGUGCCUUGCCUUGAAAUCUAAAAAAUGGAAAAAAACAAAAAAAGAAAAAAACUACAAAAAAUUGACAUCACUACACUUGUUUUGCUGCAUUUAUUAUCAUUUUAAAUCUUUACCAUUUUUAUGACAAAUAUUUUGUACUCCAGAUGGGAAAAAAGUGUGACAUCAUGGAUUUUUUAGACAGUUAUACCUUUAUCUCACAUUUAUAAAGCAUAUCAUGGCUGUGUAUAGUUGCCGCUUAAAAUUGUAAUCGACCAGCAAUAUUUUCAGUAUUUUGGUGUUUUUCUAUUAACCUUUCAUGUUUUUCAUCUUCCAAUUAAUAUUGGGGGGAGGGGAUACAAAUUUAUACGAAUUAUGCAAUACCAGGUUUUGCCUAUGUAGGUAGUGCUUUUAGCUGUAUUGGUUAUUAUAGGUAAGUACACAGAUUUAAAAGAAAAAAAAAAAUAAUGUAUGCUUUUUUUUGUUUGUUUUAAUUGACCAAAGUGGGUACUGCUAUUUUUGCAGUGUGAUGAGGUCCUUUUCUGUACUGAGAGGUGGACAGGGGAUUUUUUUUUAUACAUACAUAUAUAUAUAUAUUCUGGGGUGGGUGGGGAGUAUUUUUAACACUUUACAGUGUAGCUGUGAAGCAGUGCACCCUUAGCCAGGCAAGGGCUGCAAAGCGACUGUUCUGCCUACUGUGACAAACUUUCAAAUCGGUUCCCUCUUUUUAACUUCCCACCUGGGGUGCAAGCUGAAAUCAUUUCUGGAUUUAAAAAAUAGAUAAUGAAUUCUGUUGGAGGCAGACUUGGCUUGAGGAAAUUGUUUAAGUACUUUUUUUCUCGAGAAAGAAAAAGAGGGAGACAGACAGACAGAGAGAGAAGAGGUCAAGACCCACAGUGAGAUGAAGUCUUUUUCAUUCUGGCAAAGAUACUGUGUCCUAAAGUGUUCGCUUUAGAAAAUGUUUUUAGCUUAGAAUGACAAAAAUGCUUGCUUUGUCUAGGAAAUGCAUGUACAGGGCCAAAAUCUUUGCUGGCAUAAUUCCACUGACUCCAGUUGACUCUGGAGUUGCUUCUGCAGAGAUUUUGCCUCCCUUAGUCUGCUUGACUGGUAGAUAUUCUUUUUUUUUAACCUUCUCUACAUCAAAAUAUUGUUUGCCUCCCUCCCAAGUUUGUUAGCUCACCGCAUCUGAAUUACAAUUUUCAGCCUGCUCAGGCCAUGUCAGAAGUUUGCAGUGUCAGUUCUCAUACAGCAGGUCAGAUGGAGAGCUCUGAGUCAUGGUAGCAAAGUAGUUUCUUAAUGUACGGAAUUAGAUUAUGGUGUAAAUAAAACCGUAUUUCCAGUAAAAUCACAUUUUGCAGAGGACCUGCUGCUGAAGACCUCUUAUGCACCAGGGAUUGUUAUGAUGUAAAAACACAUCCUUUUAUUAGGGUGCAAGCAAAGGAGAGUAUAGACUUGUGAUUAUAGGAUACCCUGGUGUGAAAAUUCAUCCCUUUGCAGUUGUUUCUGCAUUUUGGAGGUUUUCCUACCCUGGAGCAGUCCUGGAGGUGCAGCUCCAGCAACAGCAACCCCACUGAGCAGUGCUGGGCAGUGUCACACCAAAGUCAGUCCCUUCUGGCUCUGGCCAUCGCGCAGCAGCUAAUGAGCUGUUUUGGUGGCACAUCUCCAUGUCUUCAGCAGGAGAUACGUGUGUAGGCAGGGCUACAAAGACAGGAGCUGUAGAAAAGCAAAUCCUUGAGAUUAAUCUAUUGCUAAACUGGAAAAAAAGAAAACCUCAUGUAAAAAGAUAAGACAUCAAAAGUAAUUAAAAACCAACUUUACGUUGCUUUUUCUGAGCACCAUAGUAAGUGAAUUCAUUCACUAAGGAUGUGGCUACUGUGGAAAUUACUGAGAUGUGCUAGAACCACACAGAGUACAUCUCAGGCUCUGGCAUGGUAAAACAAAGUAUAUAUGCUACUUUAUGCAUGCUACUGAUACCGAGCCAUUUAGGAACAGAGGGGUGAUUAGAUUUGUGCUGUUAGCAAGGUUCCCCACUUAAGUACACCAGGAUGAAACUGAAACAAGUUCAGCCUUCAAAGUGUAAUAGUCAAAAUGAUGAUUGCCCUUGUAGGAAGAUGGAUAUCCUUAAUAGAGCUUUAUUUUUGUCUCUGACCUCCUGUAUGAAUUAAAAACUGAGCUUACAGAUGCAGUGUUUUAAAAAGCAAACUCCUUCCUUCCAUGUGAAUGAAUUGAGUUGUUAAGCACCUGUGGGUUUUUUCCACCUGCCUCUCUUAUAGAAAGCCUGUUUGGAAGAAAAUGAACUUUUCAUUUAUUGUAGGUUUGGUUUGGGGUUGUUUUGUUUUGUUUAGUUUUUUUUUAAGCUCAGCAGUCAAAAGAAUAAGAUAAGAUUCAGAACUCAAAUCCAGUCUCUGGCCUCCUCCUUCACCAGGAAGUGUAUUCUGACUAAAUCAAGCCACCCCGUUCUAUGUGCACUGUUCUGCCUUUAUUAAGUUGCUUUGCAGCCCUGGCCUCAUGGCUGUGCCACUGAAGUGUGUUUCCCCUGGAGUGACAUGAACGUUUGAGGCUUGACUAAGGAAAAAAAAGGCAGUGAAGGAGACUGUACAUAAAGACAUGGCAAAAAUAUUAAUUAUAGCAAUAUAGUUGUGGGGUGAUGUUCAGGUGGGCAGCUCCAUUAUAUGUGAAUGAAUUUGUGAAGCUGCAAGUAGCGAGAAGAAAGGAGGAUCUUCUGAAUGAACCGCCUACCUUGUAGACAGUAAUUUGUACACUGUAUAGUUUUGUUGAGAACUUUUUUUUUAAUUAAAAUACCCUCGUUUGUAAAGCUAACUUUUUAACAAUUAUAAUGGAAAUGCAUGUCAUUUCCAUUUUUAAAGUAAGCAAGAAUAUUCCUUGUUUGGAAACUGGACUUGGGUUAAAACUCUCCAGUUUCUUAAGUUAUGUAUUAAAAAAAAAAAUCUGUCCAUGUUAGGAGUUAUUUCGCAGAUUCCUGUGCUUGAAAAGCAUAGGUUACUAAUCCUUUAAAAAUGUAAAUGGAGAAAAGUUAUAUUUUAUGAAGGUUAUUUUGUUGUAUUUAGUAUUGGAAAAGUUGGUUUUCAGAGCAUUUCAAAAUGUCGGAAGCACCACUGUCUUUUUAUUAGUAUAUAUGGCCUUUAGCAAAAGUUUUUGUGAUUGUUACAUGAUGGUAUUUAAGAUUAGGUUCACAGAGCAAUUCAGGAUAGGCAGAGAACUAAAACAAUACUUAUGUCUCACAUAGCUGUGUCCUCAGGGAGCAGAAUUUUGGAUUUGCAACUUGUAGCUUCAUAAGGACUGAGUGAAAGAGAUUGCACAAGGACAUACUCAGCUGUGACAUCAGAGUGUGUUCUGUACCUAAAUCUAAAUUCUACUUACUGUGCGAGAUUAUGAAGGCUGCAGAGAGUUAUCCCAUAUUCAGUGUACAGUAUUCACUUUUAAUGAAAUAACUUUCUAAUAUUGCUGGUAGUAAGGACCCAAGUAUGCCAUCUGAUAUGGUUUACGUACUCCUGUCAAGGUCUUUUGUUAACAUUAACCAGCUGUAUGCUCCUGGACUUUUUUAUUGGCUUUCUAUAGAAAAUUUGAAAAAUAAUGAGAGA